CCAUUUGGAAGGAGCCCUCCUUCCUAGUCAAGAUCUGAAACUGCUGGCAGGAUAUUCUUAGACUGAGAUUUUCUUCCUGGCAUUUCUGCAGUUGGAGGCUGAGAGCAAUACUGGAGAAUUCAAGAGAUAUUUGCAGCAGAGGAAGAAUCCAGCUGCAGAGACGUCUAGCAGGUAAAUUUCCCGUACUGCGCAUUGAUCUUUAAAUUUAGCCUGUUGACUUUCUCUGAUUUUCUCAGAACUUGCUCUCACAACCUUUUUACCUCCUUGCACAUUGUUGCUGCCCUGAGUCCUUCUGCCUUCAACCCAACGGCAGACCCCAAUCAACUUUUCACAAUCUCUAUACCCUGUGCUCCUCCAACAAUUUUAGUUUCACAGGAAUAAUCCCUGUUACCUCUCUCCCUGGGGUGGGGUGGGGGUUAAUCGCUACUCCUAUUUUGCCUUUGGAAUAUGUUUCAUAAAUGCCCUUUAAGGUUUUUAUUUGUAUACACUCACACACAUGUCCCUGCAAGUGGGUUCAGCCUAGGGAUGGUGUCGCUCUCUCUCUUAAAAAAAAUUAUUUUUAUUAAUUGCGAACACGUAAAUACAUCAAAUAUACAGAAAUAAAACUAAAAAAAAUAGGGAAUAUAAAAAGAAAAAAGAAACAGAACAAAGAAUAAAAAAUAGAAAGAUAGAUAACAAAUUUCAGAAAAUAAAAAAUAAAAAUAAAAAUUUUCAUGUCAACUUCUGCAUAGGGAGUUCAAGCUUUUUUUAAACAGCUUCGGCUUGGCUCCUUAUUUCAUAUCUCUUGACUUCUUGCUAUCGAUGAACGUACUUGUAAAUCAUUUUUUUCCAGAUAACUAUAUUCAAAUGGUAAAUCUUGGAGAGACAGUCUGAUUGUCAAUGACAGUCACUGAGGGAUGGUGUGUCUCUUAACUGUAGCAGUGGCGGACCUUGGGCUCUCAAUUUUCAGCGGCACCCUGUGCGACGCCAACAUUCAGUGCCCCCUUCGCCUCUCGCCUUCCACUCUACGGCGCCCCCUGUUGCACCCCCAAGGCUCCGUGCUCAGUGCAACUGAACCGGUUGCGCCCCCCUAAAUCUGCCUCUGACUGUAAUGCAGAUGGAUCUAAACGCACAUACAAAAAACCACAAUUGUUCGAGUAAUUGUUCUUCUAGUAUUGCAAUUAACCUACAUUAAAUAUAUUUUUGCAGCCCCAGUAACUAGAAGUAAUUUUUGUUAGCUACCUUUAUUUCUGUUUUGUCCGACAGAACUUUAUUCCUGCUUCUCUAUCCAAGGGCAUAUAAAUGUAACAUCCAGAAAAGGAGUUGCAGCAAGUUUUUCUAUUGCAUACGGAGCCAAGCUUCCUCUCGCUAGUGCAAAAUAAAUGGCAGGCAUGCCUGCCAGCUAACUAGAUACUUGCGCAGUUGUCAGUCUUACCCCUUUUCUCCACCUGCCCUUUUAAAUUAAUUAUGUUCAUUCACAGAAGUAUUCAUUUGAUGCAUCACAAAUCACAGUGUGCUGGAUGGAUGGGUAUUUUUUCUCAGCAUAAGGCAGCUGUGUGUCUAAUCUUAUUGUAUAGAAAAGCCCAUAUAUUAAUUGUUCCUGUCUCCAUCCUUCUGUAUUUGGGCACCUCCAGGCUGUCUGUGUUUUGUGGGAGGGGCUCAAGGGCACACUGGGAAAUCUAGCUUUGUGCAAAUAGAGUGAAGUAAAGGACUCUGUCACCCGAGCACAACAAAUCCUCUUUAAAAAAGAAAUGGACUUCUUCCCAUUUGAAAAGCGAUGGGGAAAUGCAUUGAAAUGUGUGGGAAGAGUAAAUGACUGGCAGGAAGACAUAAACAACCCCAACAGAGAGGUGCUCUGUUGCAACAGAUCCACUUCUUGUUUAAAAAGGAGAAAGAAGACAUUUUGCAGUUAGAAAAGGGAUGUGGAAAUGCACCAAAAAGGGUGAGACGAAUGUGUGAUUACUGGGAAGACUCGUAAACUACCCCACAAGAAAAUCAGGAUGAAUGCAGGAACAGGAUGAAUGCUCACUGUCACAUGACCACUACACAAACAAAUCAAAACAAAUGUUCAUAAAAGACUAGAUAUAAUCCAACCUUUUGUUUGCAUAAACUUUACGCAAACAAAUCAGGAUGAAUGCUUAAUAAAUAGGUCAUCUGGAGGAACCCUUCUCAGCUCAUAGCUUUUAGCUGUAUAUCUUGAUUUGACAUCAGUAGCCAUGUGUCUAAAUUUGAAAAGGACAGCCUUUCUCUUUGAAGGGUCAUCAGAGGAGAGUCCGGGGCUGUCCAGGCCAGGUCCAGUUUAAAGAGGCUGAUCCACACCAUACAGCAUAUUCAACGCAUAUCUGAAGCGCACGACAUUCCCCCAAAGAAUCCUGGGAACUGUGAUUCCUAUACACAAAGAACUACAAUUUCCAGCACCUAUAGCAUACUAAAGUUCCCAGUAUUUGGGGGUGGCGGGGGUCAAGUGCUUUAAAUGUGUGUUGAAUAUGGGACUAUAAGUGGAGGCCUUUUAUGAAUGAAUAUAGAAAAAGUCAGAAUUUGAAGAUUGGAGCCCUGCUUGAAUUGAAGAAGGAAGGUUGGAUAGACUCUUUCAAGCAGAGAUUUACUGACCUUUGGGUCCUGAAUCUGGGUCAGGAGGUGAUUGGAGUUGUGGGGGCCUUUGGAUCUGGAGGAGCCUUGAAAUAUGAUUUGAGACAUUGUAUGGACACUGGUUUUAGCUGUGGAGAGUUGGUUGGUCUGUCGAGAGGGAAUGGGGGCAUGGUUGGAUCGGGGCCCCCCCAAGACCUGCGCUUCAGCACCCUCAGUAUCAAAGAAUAUGAAGAAAAACUGCAGAAGGGACUUGGAAAAGAUUUAAGAGCCUCGGACAGAAGAUCUCCAGGUUGAUGAACUAUAUGGAAUGGACGGAAUUGACUGGCAGAAUCCGAGACCGGGGAGAAGAGAUUGUGGUAGAAGAUUGGGAAAGUUUAAAGUUUAUAUAUAGAAAUAUUGUAAAUUUAAUGAGUGUUAGAAAAUUGUUGGAAUGAAAUUUUAUGGCUUUAGCAGAAAUGUUAUAAGGAGUUAGGUAUAAAUAAGUAUUUCAGUAUUAAUGGAAAAUAAGGUACAAAAUAUGUUAAGAUAUUCAUAAUGAUAAAAAUAGAGAAAGAUGGAAAGGAAUUGCUGAAACAAGUAAUAGAAGUGGAAUACAAAAAGGGAGGUGAGAGGAGGUCGAUGAAAUAAGGGAAUGAAAGAUAGAGUAAUGAAAUGGUUUGGUAUAUGUUUUUAAAUUGUUGUUCUUUUGUUUUGUUUAGGUUAAUGUGUUAAGGUUGUGUUUUGUAUUGUUUAUUGUAUUGUUUUUUCUUUUCUCUCUCUUUUUUUUUCUCUGUUCUAUUUUGUCUUUUUCUUUUGUCUAUUUUCUUCCUUUUUCUUUUCUUGUAAGUUUUAAAAGCAAUAAAGAUUAUUUAAAAAAUAAAUAAAUAAAUGUGUGUUGAAUAUGCUUUAAAUGUAUAGUGUGAAUCUUCUCAUAAGAGGAGGGCAGGCUUAAAGUUGCCCAUCAACAGAUCUCACCUGGACAGCAGGCAAACAACUCUCCUGGUCACAGUUUCUUCCACUAGGCUGAGAUGAAUUGCAUUUCUGUUUCAAUUAUAAAAAUUAUUUCUGAAUUUGCAUCUAUACCUCUCAAUCAGAGUAUACAACUAUUCUGCAGAUCCCUGCUUAUUUUACCCUCCUCUCCCUUUUUGCAUGAUGCCUAAAUGUUUGACAAAUGACUGCUGGAUUCCCCCUCCUGCAAAACACUGGGCUUAUUGUAUAAGGUGAGCUGGGGAGACCUCCUAGCUCCCUGUGCAGCUCUCAAUUAAUGGGGUGCCUUUUGCAUCUGUUCACCCCCUGUUCUACCCCUCCCAGCUCUGUUCGCCAGCCAGUUGGCCAGCUCCAGGGAAGGCACAGGACUGGAAUAGCAUUGCUAUCUCAUCCUUGUUGGCAGAGCCUGCUUUUUUGUCAUCUUGGUCUCUGACAUUUGAGUGUGUCUUCCCCCAUCCCCUGUCUCUGACUCCAACCACCCUUAACUUAUCUCCUUCAUUCCACCACCAAAAUAAAGUAUUCCGCAAGGGCAUCUCUUGGGUAUGUGCAAAUUUAGAGCGGGGUUUCCUCAAACUUGGUUCCCCAGCUGUUGUUGGACUACAACUCCCAUCAUCCAUGACCGCUGGUCCUGCUAGCUAGGCAUGAUGGGAGCUGUAGUCCCAAAAGCAACCCAAGUUUGGGAAAUCCUGGUUUAGAAGAAAAGGCAAGUAAGAGGGGACGUGAUCGGAUUUUAUAAAGCUAUGCAUGGUGUGGAUGAAGUGGACAGAGAAAGGUCUUUCCUCCCUCUCUCAUAACACUAGAACUCGUGAACAUCCAAUGAAGUUGAAUGUUGGAAGAUUCAGGAGAGAAAAAAGAAAGUACUCCUUGAGGCAGUGCAUGGCUAAACUGUGGAACUCCCUGCCACAGGAGGCAGUGUUGGCCACCAACCUGGUUGGCUUUAGAAAAGGAUUGGGCAUACCCAUGGAGGAUAAGGCUAUCAGUGACUACGAGUCAUGAUGGCAGUGCUCUGCCUCCAUGUUUGGAGGCUGUAAUGCUUCUGAAUACCAGUUGCUGGAAAUCACAGGAGGGAAGAGGGCUCUUGUGCUUGUCAGUUUACCAAAGGCAUCUUGGUGGCCAGUAUUAGAAGAAGAAGAGUUUGGAUUUGAUAUCCCGCUUUAUCACUACCUGAAGGAGUCUCAAAGAGGCUAACGUUCUCCUUUCCCUUCCUCCCCCACAACAAACACUCUGUGAGGUGAGUGGGGCUGAGAGACUUCAAAGAAGUGUGACUGGCCCAAGGUCACCCAGCAGCUGCAGGUGGAGGAGUGGGGAAGCGAACCCGGUUCACCAGAUUACGAGUCUACCGCUCUUAACCACUACACCACACUGGCUCGAUGAGCACGAUGCUGGGCUAGAUGGGCCACUGGCCUGAUCCAGCAGGCUCUUCUUAUGUUCUUAAAGAACCCUGAGGGUUGUAGCUCUGUGAGGGGUAAGCUGAAGGUUUCUCUGAGCGAAGCCAUGUGCUUUAAACAUGCUCUGAAUGUUUGGGGUGUGUGCAGCCUUAAGCUACUCAGCUGAAACAGAAUGUAGAGCCGCGAAAGGAAAUCGUCUUCCUUCCUUUGUAAAGCCAAAACACAGCAGUGUAGAAGAUAAUAAACGGACGGUGCUGACAGGAGCUCUAUCCAAGGGUAUCAGAGAAAAUCCCUUGCUCAAUUAAAGAGCCAGAGGAAUUUCAAGAGGUGUGUUAUGAGCUGAAACCUGGCCUGUAGCAUUGGCUCCAAGUUGUGCCUCUAUGUGUGUGCAGCUUUGAGAGACUGUUGUUUUCUGUCAACUGAGAGAGAGGGGGAUGAUGGCUGUCUAACGAGAAUGCAGGGGACUGUCAGGGUAGCAACGCCAAACCAGCUGCCUGGAAUUAAAUGAUCCCGUUUAUCAUGAGCACAAGUGAAGUUCCCCCAAUUAAAAACCACUUAGACCUGGCAGAGAGACAGGCAGUCAAACUCAAUCCAGGGGCUCAGCUACGCAGAGCAUUUUUAUAAGCCCACAUUUCAGGCUGUAGCUGCCUGCAAGAGAGAUCGUGGGCAGGUCCGCAUCACACAUUUAAAGCAUGUUCUGCACACAUUUAAAGCAUGCAGCUUUCUCACAAGGAAUCCCGGGAACUAGUUUCACACGCACAGAGCUACAAUUCCCAGCACCCUUUGCAAACUACAGUACCCAGGAUUCCUGAAGAGGUGGAAUGAAGUGCUUUAAAUGUAUGGUGUGAAUCUGUCCAAUAUCUAUUUUAUUAAAGUUUAUAUACCGCAUGAUUGUUAAAAUAAAAAAUCAACAGCAGCUACAAUUUUGUUAGCCAAAAAUUGGAAAUUACAAGAAGUACCAACAGUGGAGGAAUGGCAGAUGAAGCUGAUGGACUUUUGGGAGCUAGCUGAUCUGACCGGAAGAGUCCGCGACCAGAAGGAGGAGGAGUACCAGGAGGAAUGGAAGAAAUUUAAAGACUAUUUAGCUAAAUAUGUUAAGAUAACUUAAAUAGAAUUAUUGCAAGUAUCAGAUUGGCCUAGGAUUUAAAUAUGUGAUGUUAUAGAAUAAUAUGUUUAAAGUUAAAAUGAAAAGAAAGAAACAGGUUAAUUGACUUAAGUAAAUUUUAGGUGAGAUUAGUUUUGGAAAACUGCUACAAUGAUAUAUGGAAACUCAGCCAGAGGGAUUUGAGGAAGUCAACCAACAAUGUUAACAAAAGUGGAACUACUACAGUUAGGAUCUAUGUUUGGGUUUUGUUUUUGUUUUUUUUAUGUUUUCUUUUUGUAUUUGUCGAUAUGUUUGUUACAAAUUUGGAAAAUUAAUAAAAAAAAUGGGGGGGGGGAAUCAAAAUGGGUAAGAAAGAGAAUAAAAAAAAUGAAAUUAUCAGUAAAAGCAGUUCCAAACAACUAUUUGCAACAUUCAAAGAAUAACUAAAAUAAGUGAUAAGCUAAAAACAAGUUUAAAACACCUGUCAACAUUCUACCUGCCUGGGUAGUCUUGCCUAAACAAAAAUGUUUUUAGCAUGUGCUGCAAAGAGUACAGUGAAGGUGCCUGCCUGAUGCCAAUAGACUGGGAGUUCCAAAGUGUGGGAGCUGCCCCAGUAAAAGAUAAAUUUAUUACAAAUGCAGAACAAGUAUUAUGUUGCACCUGUAACAGGGCCAGUUCUGUCAAUUGAAGUGGUCAACUGGGCACAUAGGUAAAAGGUAAAGGACCCCUGGACAGUUAAGUCCAGUCAAAGGCGACUAUGGGGUUGCAGCGCUCAUUUGCUUUCAGGCCAAGGGAUCCAGCGUUUGUCCACAUACAGCUUUCCGGUUCACAUGGCCAGCAUGACUAAACCACUUCCGGAACAACGGAACACUGUGAUGGAAAUUAGAGCACAAGGAAAUGCCCUUUACAUUCCCGCAGCAGCAGUACCUGUUUAUCUACUUGCACUGGCAUGCUUUCAAACUACUAGGUUGGCAGGAGCUGGGACAGAGCAAUGGGAGCUCACUCUGUCACUGAGAUUUGAACCACCGACCUUCUAAUCGGCAAGCCCAAGAGGCUCAGUGGUUUAGACCACAGUGCCACCUGCACAUAUGGGGUAGCCAAGUUGUUUAGGGAUUUAUAUGCUAAUAGUAACACCUUGGACAAUAACUGACUCACAUUAUUACUGCCAGUGUGAUAUAGUGGUUAAGAGCGGUAGACUUGUAAUCUGGUGAACCAGGUUGGCUUCCCUGCUCCUCCACCUGCAGCUGCUGGGUGACCUUGGGCCAGUCACACUUCUCUGAAGUCUCUCAGCCUCACUCACCUCACAGAGUGUUUGUUGUGGGGGAGGAAGGGAAAGGAGAAUGUUAGCCGCUUUGAGACUCCUUCGGGUAGUGAUAAAGCGGGAUAUCAAAUCCAAACUCUUCUUCUACUACUAUUUUUUAAAAAAUUAAAAUGAGAUAAAUAGAAUUUCUGAGCCAAAAUGAACGGGGUGGGGGGUUGUUCUCCCUGAAAUUUCAGCAUUGCAGUUUCUCCAAAAUUUCAGCUUUGCAGCUCCUCUGAUUUUUGCACAUUCUUAGCUGUCUCCUUUGGGGGCUACCCACACCCCACCUGAACUCUGGCAACAACGAUCACAAAAAAAAUCAUGUUACAGGGCUCGACCUCAACUCCGCCAGCCACCGCUGCCUCUGAGCUCCUUGUAAGCAGGCUGACAAACCAUCGGAUGAAAGGUGCAGUAUCAAGUGAAUAUCAGUUGUGGUGUCACUGGAUGCUGGUUUUUCUGGCUGGGGGCCAGGCGAAUGCCUUGCUCUCAAUCUGAUCCUGCCCACCCUCCAGUGGGUAUCAUAUAAGGAUGGGGUGAUUUACUGGAGCAGGUGUGAGGCUGAAGAGAAGAGGCAGGCCUGUUAGCCAGCGGAGAAUGUAUUCUCAGCUAACCUCGGGGAGACUCAUACGCUUGCUUUGUGAACAUACCAUGCCAGGUCAGAGGAAGAAAAAAAGAAAGGGGAAUAAUAGAACUGCAGAGUUGGAAGGGAACCCCAAAGGUCAUCUAGUGCAACCCCCUGCAAUGCUGGGAAAAAUGAUAGCCGCAUCAAAAUCACAGGUCCCUGGCCCCACCAGAUAUUUAUUCAUAUAGAACAUUUGUAGCCCAUUCUUCAGUCAGAAGGUCUGGCUUACAUGCAAUCACUGAAAACAGGGCAGUCCCUGCCCACAGGCUUGCAGUCUAAACAGCAUGACACACAAGGAGAAAGGGAAGAGGAGAAAAAGCAAACUCUGGUGCCAAUUCUUACAAUGGUCUCCUGGCAUUGAAACAGCUCAGGAGGCGCCUGGUGGAGCUGGUCUUUUGGCAAAGCCACUCAUCUCUCCCACUGAGGCAGCCUGAUGGAAUCAGCAGGCUAUGUAUUCAGACCAAGGGACUAUGAGGGGAGGAGGAACAGAUUAUAUGUUUCCUCUGAGGCUUUCAGUCACUUAAUGAAGAGACAUGCACAGCCAACACAAGCAGGAUUUAACCCCAGCUCAGCUGCUGACCAGUACAGCCUGUUGACCCAUUUUGAUGAAGCAUGUGGUACAGUCCUCCUGUUUUCCUGUGUCUCUCACCACCAUAGCACACUUUGCCCCUUGACUAAAGCAUCUCAGCCUUUUGCAUUGUUGGACCUGGCUGCUUGUUGGCUCUGGCGCCACCUACUGUUGAGCUCCCUGCCUUGCAUCCUACCGUUCCCAACAGGCUCCAGGCACCACUGCCCUGCUGUAGCUUCUUCCUGGAAGAUGACCCAUAAAUACAGAAAUAGGUAUAAAUAAAAAUCUUUCUUUACAGAUUGAUUCAGAUUCUGGAUCCUCCAACAACCCCCAAAGAUGGCUCACAGGAACAAAGCUGGGGCUUCCAAAGCCAGUCGCGCCAAAAAAACUCCCAAGGAGACGCCAGUUGUUACAGGACCCAAUAUGGACUCUCUGGGUUUCCUGGCUAUGGACAGCAACGUCCCGGGUUUGUCACAGGUCAUCCUUCAAAAACUCAACAUGAAGAGCUACGAUGACUACAGGUGAGGUUUGUUGGUAAACGUAAGUGGGGUGGUGACAUUUCAGAGGAUGCUGAAAAUCCUGGUUUUGGGGUGUAUGUGUGUGUGUGUUGAUAGCUUCACAGAAGUUGUUAGGAUCCAGGCCGGCAAGUGAGAAUCUGCACUCUGGGAGUCAGGAGAUGUUCAUUCCAAGACUGGGAGCUGAAAUAUGAGCCUUAGUAAGAUGGGGGGGGGGAUAUCUCUUUAGCCUCAUACACGCCAACUGAUCCUGCUCAUCAUGGGCUGUGCUGAUUUCCUGGUCCCUAAUAAAUCACUAUCCACAUUUAUUUGGCCUUUUGAGAAUGCCUUGUUAAACAUUUUGGUUUUGUUAAGAGUGAGAUACAAGCUUUCUUGUUUUUCAGGUUUCUGCUUCCUCUGCUGAGUCUCUAGCCCAGUCUUCCCCAGCCAGAUAUUUUGGACCACUACUCCUUCAGUCACAAGCAGCAUGUUCCACAAUGCACAAACUAACCCCUAAUCCUAAAAAAGGAAAGAAUAAAAAAAUACAGUACAUCCCCAUUUGCCUAACAUUCUGGCAGCUGAAUGAACAGUUUUGGUAUGGAGCUGCAAGUUUUGUUUUUGAGAACAAACUUAGUUAAAGAAAGAAAGAAGCCUUGCUGAUAUUUAUUUGUAUAUUUAGAGCAUUUGUUCACUGUUAGGUGCCCAGAAUAAGCUCACCUACAACUGAUUAAAACAAGAGGGUCCCUGUUUGUGCUGUUUCUUCACAGGUCUGCAGUGGAAGGCAGAAAACUGUGCACGGAUUUUGGCAUCCGGUCCUAUUUUGAGAUGUUCCAGAAAAUGGAGGACACUUUCAAGUUUUGUGUUGAGUGCAAGAAGCUUCCGGAAUCAAUGCCUGAUCCUAAAAGCCUGCGGCGCUGCAAAAGGUUAAAAAAUAAUAAUAGAACUGUUAUUCAAUGAAAGAAAUCCUAGAUCAGGAGAGCCUUUGGCCCUCUGGAUAUUUCUGAACUGCAACUCCCACUAUCGCUUGCUGUUGACCAUUCUUGCUGGGGCUGGUGGGAGUUGUAGCUCAACAACAUAUGGAGGGCCAGAUGACAUUUUUAAGCAUAAUACAUCAAGCAAAUAAAUGUGUUUGUGACCAAACCAGGAAACUAUGGCUGCCUGCUUUGGAACAAACCAGUAUAUCAAGCUACAAAUUGUUUUAGGAUCCAAAGCAGGCAACCAUUGUUUCCCAGCCAGAUGAAUCAGGAAACUACGGCUAAGGAGAUGCUUCCUGGCUUCACUGUGGUUCCUGCAAAGGGGAAGAGCAAAGCAGCUACGAGCAAAGGCUCGUUCAUAUCCAAGUCAAGAUAUGAUCGUCCAGAUAUAGGCAGUGAAUAAAGAUCACUUCUUGCUAUGGAUAUUGAAGCCAGUGGGGUCUGGUAGGCCGAACCUUUUGGCAACCUUCCUUCCAUUCCCAGGUGCCAGAAUGUCUAUUACUGCGGCUCAGAAUGCCAGCGAGCCAACUGGCCCACACACAAAAAGGUCUGCAAGAAGCUGAAACUGGUGGCUCUCGACCGACUAGUGGAAUGGCUUGUUUUCACAGGUAAGCCUGCUAUGGGCAUGAGAUUCAGUGCUGGUGUAUUUUUUCCCCUCUGCCCUCUUUCAGUUGCUCUGUUAGUAUAUCUUCACUGGCAGAAUGGCUCUACGGGGUGUUCAGUCAUGGCCGCGGCCAUUCUGAUGUGCCACCUGCAUUGCAGGGCUUCCACCGAAUCCUUUGCUGGCCAAUCUUCAGAAUUAGGUUAUGCGCUUUAUUCAGUCAUUAAUCACAGUUUCCAAUUAAAGAAAAACAACUCUACCUGACAAUAAACUAUUAAAAAUAUGUGUAUUACAGCAGGCAGACUUAAAGGUUGGGCAAGGGCACCUUAAAAACAAACAAACCAAUGAAUCCCAAGGCCCACUAGGAACCCAAAGGUCUGCCAGUCAAUCUGAAGCUUUUGUUCCACUGUGAUUCUUCCGACAGGUGACAUCCCUUUCCCCACAAGCCCCUGGACGAAGAGAACCCUGGAGGUGAGAGGCUGGGAGGACUACUUCUCGAUGCAGGACAGUCUAGAGGAGAAGCUCAGCAAUAUCAUGACGGGGCGUUACAUGAACAUCCUCUGGGCCAAUGCUGGGAAGCCAAAGCCGGAGGAGGCGGAGCUCCUGGAGUCUGUCAAGCGGGUGAUGACGGACUUUGUGUCCAGGCCAGCCACCAUUGGCUUGGGGCUGUGCCUGUUCCACCUUGACCCCUACGCCAAGCCUAUCACGGUGCACGUGGUUGGAGCUUCCCACGUAGAGACUCUGAAUGCCCGGGUGACAGACUACGAUGAGCUCUCCCGCAUGUUUCCAAAGCACCAGGGCAUCGAGGUGGUGAUGGUGGGCGUUGACGUGGUAGAUGGGCCCAUCAUGAGGCCGCCGUUGGUGGCUUUCGGGCCCCGGGAACGAGUCUACCUCAGCAGCUACAAGGGCCUUUAUCACGACUUCUGGGAAUCGCAAGUGGAGACCCAGCAGGCUGCUCGGCCUGACAUCGUGGUUGGCUUCCAUCCAGGUAUGUCAUUCCAUUGUCCCUUCCCUGUAGCUCAGUGGUAGAGCUUCUGUUUGCGUGCAGAAGGUCCCAGGUUCAAUCCCCGUCAUCUCUGGAUAGGAAUCCUGGGAGCAGUAACUUGCUAAGGAUGCUGGGAAUUUCACUUUGCCAGGGGUAAACUCCAGCUCCCAGAAUUCUUUGCAGUGGGAGGGAGCCUUCUUUAAAUGUAUGGUGUGUUGGAGCCCUUCCCAUUACAAAUGGUGCUUGAAGCCUUUAGCUACCCUCUUUAGCUGGUCUUUUGCAUUUGCAGGAUAUUUGUGGACCCAGCAGAGAGAAAGGGAGAGAGAAGGAGUUUCAGAAAUCCUUGUUUAUGCUAAUGCACUCUUAGGAUCAUCCCUAAAUCUGUCUGUGAGCUACUGGAAAUGGAAUGCAGUAAAUGGCAACAGAGAGAUCCAAGUAUGUUAUCUGUAGGUGAACAAUGCCAGCAAACCGACAGCCUUAAGAGCAGUUGUCCAUCUCCACCCCAGUGUGAAUAAGAACCUAUCCCCACUUGCAUUUUUUGAUCUGUUUGCUAGCUUGGUUUGGAACGCAGGAAACUUUACAUUAGGAUCAGCUAAUUGCCUAUGUAGCUCAGUGCUGUCAGCAGCAAGGGAAGGGAACUUCUGGCCAGCAGGGCAAAUUAAGCCCAACACAGAUCCCAAUUUGGCCCAUGGGCUGUUUCCGCCAAACUGUUUCCACCAGCCCUAUACCUGGUGUCACAUUUUGCUGCUUUCAUAAAAUUGCUCUAAUUUUAUUGAUGUUAUGCUUAGGGGUGGAAGGGUCUGCCCCUUUUGGUUCUCUGGGUUUCUCAUUUUUCGAAUCUCAAAUUCAGCCCCUACAGCUCUUUAACACAGCUCUCCCUCUGGGAGUUCUCACCAUCAGUGACUCUCUGAGGUCUCCAGCAGAGAAGAGUACCCUCCCCCUCACCAGCUGCCAUCUGAUCUUUUUAACUGUCUGUACUAGUGAUUGAACCUGAGACCAUCUGCUUGCAAAGCAGGUGCUCUGUCACCAAGCGACUCUCUCUUCCCAAUUUGGAAGGGUGGUUCCCAAGGGUGAAGACAUGUGUAAUCUUUUUUGAGCAGUGGGGCCAUUAUGGAAGUGCCCGUAACAAACCAAACAUACUGCUUCCUCUGCACCAUAGAGCUCAGGGUGUGGGGUGGAAGAUUACCUAGUCCCACAAAUAGAGGCUGGUGGCCAUCAACUAGAGUUGCCAUACGUAUGGAAUCUUCCGGACAUACAGUGGUACCUCGGGUUACAUACACUUCAGGUUACAGAUGCUUCAGGUUACAGACUCCGCUAACCCCAAAAUAGUAAUAAUAAGAAUAAUAAAUUUUAUUUAUAUCCCGCCCUCCCCAGCCAAAGCCGGGCUCAGGGCGGCUAACAACAAUAAAAUAGUACAAGAUUCUAAAAACAUUUCAUUAUAAAAAUUAAUUAAAAUCAAAUUGUUGGCAACCAUUAAGCUAAAAUUCUGUGGAGAUUGCCAAAGGAGGGAGUCAGGCUGCGCCCUGACCAAAAGCCUGGUGGAACAGCUCUGUCUUGCAGGCCCUGCGGAAAGAUGUCAAGCCCCGCAGGGCCCUGGUCUCUUGUGACAGAGCGUUCCACCAGAUUGGAGCCGCAGCCGAAAAAGCCCUGGCUCUAGUUGAGGCCAGCCUAACCUCUCUGAGGCCUGGGACCUUCAGGAUGUUUUUAUUUGAAGACUGUAAGUUCCUCUGUGGGACAUACCAGGAGAGGCGGUCCCGUAGGCACGAGGGUCCUAGGCCGUAUACCAGGAGAGGCGGUCCCAUAGUACCUCGGGUUAAGAACUUUGCUUCAGGAUGAGAACAGAAAUUGCAUGCUGGCGGCGCAGCGGCAGCAGGAGGCCCCAUUAGCUAAAGUGGUGCUUCAGGUUAAGAACAGUUUCAGGUUAAGAACGGACCUCCAGAACGAAUUAAGUACCUAACCCGAGGUACCACUGUAUCCGGAAUACUGCUGUCUCUAGCAGUGUCUGGGCAAAAAUUGGUAAAAUGUCCAGGAAAAUCCGGAUGCAUGGCAGCCCAUGUUGGCAGUGCCGUUUUUGCCUAUUUUCCAUAAAAAACGCUCAAAAACAGCAAAUUUUUUGCCCCCAAAAGCUCAACAACUUCCCUGUCUGGAAUUCACAUCAUCAUAGAAUUGGAAGGGACUCGAGGAUCAUCUAGCCCAGGCAUAGGCAAACUCGGCCCUCCAGAUGUUUUUGGGACUACAACUCCCAUGAUCCCUAGCUAACAGGACCAGUGGUCAGGGAUCAUGGGAGUUGUAGUCCCAAAACAUCUGGAGGGCCGAGUUUGCCUAUGCCUGAUCUAGUCCAACUCCCUGCAAUGCAGGAAUCUCAGCAAAAGCAUCUAUGACCGAUGGCCAUCUGACCUCUGCUUAAAAACCUCCAAGGAAGGAGAGUCCACUACCUUCCAAGGGCCAAACGGCUCUUACUUUCAAAAAGUUUUUUUUCUGAUGUUUAGUUGGAAUCUCCUUUCUUGUGCCUUGAAGCCAUUGGUUUGAGUCCUACCCUCCAGAGCAGGAGAAAACAAGCUUGUUCUGUCUUCCAUGUGACAGCCCUUGAGAUAUCUGAAGAUGGCUAUCUUCAAAUAUUCCUAAGGCUGUACUUUGCUUUAAACUGUUUUCAUGCUGUAUAAAUUGUUGUGUGACCUGCCGUGGGACCUGUGGGUGAAAGGCAAGUAAUAAAUCAAGUCAUUAUUAUGAAUAUUUAUAAUAAAAAUAGCUGAGCAUCCUGUUCUCACUGUAGCCAACCAAAUGCCCCCAUUCAAGCAGGGCCCCUCCGCACGUGCCAUUCCCAGCAACAGCUGUUCAUUGGCACACUGCCUCUGACAGUCUCCGACUUUCUGACAAAGCAUCAGGAUCCUCCACAUUUUCAUUUGUCUGUUUGUGAUUUCUUCUGUUUGUCCUGGGUUCUCUACCCACAGGUCCAAGAGAUUCUUUUUUUUGUACCGACACUUUCCCUGGGGGAACCCACUGCUCACUACUGAAUCAGAACAAACAUCAGUCGGGAUUUCUGCAGAUUGGCGUUUCUUCCGAUUCAGCAGUAAGCACCAGGUUUUCCCAGGGAAAGCUGAAUAAAAUGUGCAGAGAAUGUCCUCUAAGCAAUCUUUUCCCACCAGGCCAUCAUGCUAAGGGCCUCUUGUGCCACAAAUCUCACUGCCUCUCACCCUAACCUACCUCACAGGGUUGUUGUGUGGAUGACAUGAGGAAGGGGAAAUCCAGGUAUGCCACCUUGAGCUCCUUCGAGAAAAAAGGUGGGAUAUAAAUCCAAUAAAUAAUAACAAUACUACCAUUAAAUAAUUGCACAAACCUAGAUUAUACACUUGAAUCCCUCCUGCAGGUGAUCCCACUCACCAGAGGGAACCUCUGGAUGCCAGAUGUCUCAGAAGCACACCUUGCGGAUCACAACUUGCCUAGCAAGCACCAGAUUCUGCCCAGCUGUCUCGUAAGCUAUUCCACUUCCAGUCAGCUGCUUGCUGCUGACAGUGUGUUUCACUGCUGGGAUUAGACUGAGCACUAAAGAGCUGAGCUGAGGGACCCUGACAGGGGCUGAUCAGCUUGUUAGCAUACCUAUCACUAUCGAGUUGGUUAAGUGCGGAGCAGCUGUGGUGGGGGGCAUUUAGUGCUCAGCCUCACACACAGCUUGGGUGUUCCUUGCACACAUUACAAAACGUACCGGAAGCCGUCAUGGUGUGUUGUAAUGUGGGGGCAAUCGGUACGUGACAAAAUGGCCACAAGGGUUUCCCAAACUGCAUCCUGCUCAGUUUCUCCAGGGAAGGAGAAACUAGGUUCUAUGAGCAUGCCUCAGCCCAUAAUAAUAAUAAUUUCUUAUUUGUACCCUGCCCAUCUGGCUGGGUUUCCCCAGCCACUCCGGGCGGCUUCCAACAGAGAUUAAAAAUACAUUAAAAUGUCACACAUUAAAAACUUCCCUGAACAGGGCUGCCUUCAGAUGUCUUCUAAAUGUCAGGUAGUUGUUUAUCUCUUUGACAUCUGGUGGGAGGGCAUUCCACAGGGCGGGCGCCACUACCGAGAAGGCCCUCUGCCUGGUUCCCUGUAGCUUUGCUUCUCGCAAUGAGGGAACCGCCAGAAGGCCCUCGGCACUGGACUUCAGUGUCCAGGCAGAACGAUGGGGGUGGAGACGCUCCUAAAGGUAUACUGGGCCGAGGCCAUUUAGGGCUUUAAAGGUCAACACCAACACUUUGAAUUGUGCUCGGAAACAUACUGGGAGCCAAUGUAGGUCUUUCAAGACUGGUGUUAUGUGGUCUAGGCGGCCGCCCCCGUCACCAGUCUAGCUGCCGCAUUCUGGAUUAGUUGUAGUUUCCUCUGCGAGGGCAGAUCUGAGAUGGAGGAGGAGGAGGAAGUAGGCAGGCAUUGCCUCUCCCUGGCCUGGUGGUAAGCAAGAAGGCAGGCAGGGGAGGGCUGGCUGAGGGCAGACUGAGGUUGGUGGGGCAGUGCCCCAUUCACCUAAUGGACCCACCUUCACUGGUGCCCCUCCAGGUACAACAGCUGACCAGACUAGCUGUUGAAUCUUACAUUAACAUCCUCUACUGAACCCAGGAGCAGAAGACAAGCUCUGUCCACUCACCACCCCCUCAGUAUCUGUCGCCUAAGGCAGCUGCUUCAUCUUGCCUCAUGGCUGGGCUGGCCCAGGCCUGGAUUGAUAGAUGGCGCAUCACAGAACAGUAGAGGGUAUCUGGGGACAAUGCUGCAAAGUAGGCUUCUUUUUCUACCAGGAUGGGAUAAAAGAGAAAGAGACAUUUUAUGAAAUUUUAUCGGGGAGCUGGAAAUGACUUCUGAGAAAUUUUGGGUCAGUUCUAUACUUAAUCUUUUUUAUAAAUAGAAAGAUGAUGAUAUUUAGCCCCAAACAAAAAGGCCUCCCAAAGUGGCUUAAAAAUGUGACAUAGGGGGUCCCCACCCUCAGGCUUGCAAGCUAAAAGAUACAGUGGUACCUUGGGUUAAGUACUUACGUAAUUCAUUCCGGAGGUCCAUUCUUAACCUGAAACUGUUCUUAACCUGAAGCACCACUUUAGCUAAUGGGGCCUCCUGCUGCUGCCGUGCCACCAGAGCACGAUUUCUGUUCUCAUCCUGAAGCAAAGUUCUUAACCUGAAGCACUAUUUCUGGGUUAAUGGAGUUUGUAAUCUGAAGUGUAUGUAACCUGAAGCGUAUGUAACCUGAGGUACCACUGUAUAGCACAAAAGGAAAAAGACUGGAAGUAAGGCAGGAAACUCUCCUUUGGGAUUUCAAACCACAUAUACCAUAUCCAUCACAAUGGUGGGCAUUUCCAUAACAUUACCUGUCCAGUCCUGGAAGGCAAUCUGAAACUUUUCGCAAAGGAUGUUGCAGUGUGUCUUGUCUCAGCGAUGGCACUGUGUGGCACUGCAAGGGUGCUCCUUACUCAGGAGCAAGGCCAUGUUCCACUGGCGCGCUCCACCACAUUCCGUAGGUAUUAAGUUAUUAGUACCAGGAUAGUCAGAUGCCCUUGUGAAUACGCAAGGCUCCCUUGGCACAUCAUUCCAAGCUUGCAGAAAUGUCAGAGGGCUUUGCAAACUGGGAAUUAAUCUUCCCUCCGUCCCCCACUCUGCCAUCCCCAAUCUGAUCUGAUCUUGGCAGUGUCACGCCCCCCCCCAUGGUUCCCAGCUAUGACGUGCGAGAGAGUUUGGCAUCCUUGUUCUGACAGCUGCACAAACAGCCAGACCCUCACUAUUCCCUCUCUCGACCUGCUGGGGAUGUUUCCAGCCUCCAUCCUCUUUCUGCCAAAGGUGUGAUGUACAAGUGGAAUCAGCACUUGCUUCACAUAUCGGCCUUGCAAGGUAUAAGCAUGCUAAGUUGGCACUCUUCACCAGCAAAAGGUGCAGAGAAUGUCCUCUGAGCAAUCUUUCCCCGUCAUGACAUCAUGCAAAGGGCAUCUGUACGGCAUCCAGGGAAAGUCAGCCUCAGUUCUUGCCCUGCAGCUUUGUCUGGCGUCCAGUCUCUGCAAAUAGCACAUGAGGUUAUUAAAGCCAUCCCUGCACUGAAUUGCUUCAUGCUGCAAGCAGUUGCGUGGGGAUGUGUGUGUGUGUUGUAUCUUGCAGGGGAGUGUUCAGACGUGCAACCAAAAUGAUCAAGGGAUGGAGGGAUGCUCCUAUGAGGAAAGGUGGUAGCAUUUUGGACUUCUAGGUUUGGAGAUAAAGCAAGAAAGAGGGGACUUGAUAGAAGUGUAUUAAAAUUAUGCAUGUCAUGGAGAAAGUGAAACACUAGAACUCACGGACAGCCAAUGAAGCUGAAUGUUGGAAGUUUCAGGACAGACAAUAGAAAGCCCUUCUCCAGGCAGUGCAUAGUUAACUUGUUCCCAUAAGGGGUAGUGAUGGUCACCAACCUGGAUGGCUUUAAGAGAGGAUUGGACAGUGGCUAUCAAUGGCUACUAGGCAUAAUAGCUAUGCAGUCGGUGUUAGGAUAUUCCGGUGUCCUACAUGCCAGGACACGAAAUUCCUGCAGAUCUGUUGUGUAUGGUUGUUAACAGAGAACAACUUAAGGUUUAUGUACAGCGGUUGCAGUUGGGUUAAAACACAGGUGAUACAGGUUACACGGAAAGGGGGAGGAUGUUAGGAUAUUCCGUUCCACCUUAAGUACAGGCAUGAUUGUUGUGUGUCACAUGCCUGUUUACACUCCAGCACAGCUUGCUGGGAACUUCCAUUUGUGUAUAGCUUUUGCUUAUGCUUCUUGCUUUGGACACAAAGGGGGUCGGACAUGUUUUCCUUUUGUCCUGCUGUACGCUGAAGAAACUGCUUGUAAAUAUGCUCACACAGCCGUCUCCCUGCCACUUCUGUUGCGCAGCAUUAUUUACUCUGCUGAGUGUGCGUGCCCAGCUUCUGAAGGCUUCUGCAGCUAGGGUUGCAGUUUCAUGCUGAUCCAAGGACUGGAGAUCGCCCGAGACACCGGCCAGUGGGCUGGGGCCUGCCUAUUGCCCCCGAUUCCUUGGCUGCAUCCCAACAGUCGGAGGCAAUGAUGCUUCUGAACACCCGUUGCUGAAAGCCACAGGAGGGGAGAGUGUGCUUGUGCUCAGGCCCUGCUUUUGGACUUCCCACCAGUUGGCCACUGUGGGAACAGGAUACUGGAGUAGAUAGGCCACUGGCCUGAUCCAGCAGGCUCUUAUUAUGUUCUUAUGCAUGGUGGCACAUAGAAAUGGCACCAGGGUCAGGGAGACGGCUAGGCUGAAAUCCUUCUGACAUGUUCUCUGGUGUGUGUCACCACAUUGCAAAGGGCAAUACCACGAGAUAAAACCUUUCAAAUAAUGCAACCUGGGCACUGCAUGCAAAUGAGCCAUUUCUGGUCUUCUCCAUUCCUAGGUUUCCAUGCCUGCCAUGACCUAAUGGAGAGUUGGCUUCCCACCUUGCUGCUCCUUCGAGACUACGAGAUCCCCUCGCUCUUCACAGUGUACAGGUAAACAGGCAGGUUCUCCUCUACUUCCUCUCCCACACCCGUUCUCCAUUGCUGGUGCCAAGGGCCAAACGAGACGAUACAUAAGCGGAGGUUGGAUGGCCAUCUAUCAUGGAUGCUUUAGCUGAGAUUCCUGCAUUGCAGGGGGUUGGACUAGAUGACCCUUGGGGUCCCUUCCAACUCUUAAGAUUCUAUGAUUCUAUCUGGUGCUGGGGGCAAAAGUGGGCAGAUGUAACUGUUACCUUCACAAAGCAGGCUGCAUUCACAGGGACAUAGGAAGCUGCCUCAUGUUGGCUCAGACUAUUGGCCUCUCUAGCUCCAUAUUGCCUACACUGACUGGCAGUGGCUCUUCAGGGGUUCAGGCAGGAAUCAUUCCCAGCCCUACCUGGAGAUGCCUGGGAUUGAGCCUGGGCAAGGCUGAUGUGCUAACCACAAUAUCACAGGCAUUCCACUCUUCUAUUCUCCUUCCAGGACAUUUUGACAUUGGCCGCUCAUUUGGAUGUCCAGCCUGCAUUAGUAAUGUGCAGGUGAGGCUGCAAAGCGUUCAAACAGACUAGGAAGAGGGAGGCAUGGGAGGCAUGGCUAGGGGGCUGUUGCAGCUGCCUCCCAACAUCUACCGCCUGAGGCAUUUGCCCCAGGCAAAUGAAAAGGAUCUUGAAAAGGAUCUAGGAGUCUUGGUUGACCACAAACUUGACAUGAGCCAACAGUGUGACGCGGCAGCUAAAAAAGCCAAUGCAAUUCUGGGCUGCAUCAAUAGGAGUAUAGCAUCUAGAUCAAGGGAAGUAAUAGUGCCACUGUAUUCUGCUCUGGUCAGACCUCACCUGGAGUACUGUGUCCAGUUCUGGGCACCACAGUUCAAGAAGGACACUGACAAACUGGAACGUGUCCAGAGGAGGGCAACCAAAAUGGUCAAAGGCCUGGAAACGAUGCCUUAUGAGGAGCGGCUAAGGGAGCUGGGCAUGUUUAGCCUGGAGAAGAGGAGGUUAAGGGGUGAUAUGAUAGCCAUGUUCAAAUAUAUAAAAGGAUGUCACAUAGAGGAGGGAGAAAGGUUGUUUUCUGCUGCUCCAGAGAAGCGGACACGGAGCAAUGGAUCCAAACUACAAGAAAGAAGAUUCCACCUAAACAUUAGGAAGAACUUCCUGACGGUAGGAGCUGUUCGACAGUGGAAUUUGCUGCCAAGGAGUGUGGUGGAGUCUCCUUCUUUGGAGGUCUUUAAGCAGAGGCUUGACAACCAUAUGUCAGGAGUGCCCUGAUGGUGUUUCCUGCUUGGCAGGGGGUUGGACUCGAUGGCCCUUGUGGUCUCUUCCAACUCUAUGAUUCUAUGAUUUUGUCCAAUAGUGGGGAUGGCCCUGAACUCAUUGAGUUAUAAGAAGCUACACAGAAACUGGGAACAGUUUCCUAGGACUGUCACCAAACCCAGUGUGGUCCCAUUAGGGCAGAAUGCCCAGGAAGCCAAAUCAAUAUUGGCAUUCUGUCUACUUUUGAAUAUCUGUUUGCACACAUAUUCCUUUGAUCUCUUCCCAAUCCUCCUGUUUCAAUUGCUGUGUUGUUUUAUUGCCUGUUUUAAUUAUGUAAGUGUGUAUGCAUAAUUUAUCUUUAUUCAAUUUUCAAUAUAAUGAGAUACAUACUUACAUUAAAACAAGGUGUGGGGGGGAGAAGAUUCAUAAAUACAUACCUAAAAGGAAGGAAUGAGAAAAAUUCACGAACAUGGAGAAUCCAUUGCUUUGAUGGAAUUGUGUAUUUUAAUCAUGGAUGUUUAUAUAUUAAUAUUUCUGUAAAUUGGAUUUUAUGUAUUAGAAGCCUAAAAUUAUCUUCAUUCAUUUUAUUAUGACAUUUAUACUGCAUCUUUCCUCCAAGGAACUCAAGGUUGCAUUACAUAAUCCUCCUAUUUCUACCCUUAAAACCACCUUGUUGAGGUAGGCUAGGUUGAAAAGCAGUGACCAACCAAGUAGGAAUUUGAACCCUGAACCCCAGGUCCUAGUCUAACACUCUAAUCACUACUCUAUGCCAACUCGUAUUCAGUGGAUGCUAAUGAAGUCCAGGCAAGGUUGUGUUAAAGCAUGUGUUAUUUCACACUUUCCAGUGCAUUUUUCUGUUGCUUUCAUUGCAAAAAGUCUGAUCUUUUGAGGAAAUGGGUUUGCUGUGCAAAACCUCCCCAUCCAUUAUAACAGCACAACUAUCAUGGGCCGAUACGUGAUUGAGUUCCACCCCAAAAUAGUGACUAUCUAGAUGCACUUGAAAAACCAUUCAGGGUCUAAAAUGACCUAGGCAGUGCGAACUGAAAAUGAGCUAGCAGCACUAACCAAAACCCCUUCCUUCUUCCCCCCAGUGAACAGGAAAUGAAGAAUUCGCUCAAGAUCUUGAUGGAGCUAGAGACCCAGAUCACAGGCUGUGGGGCCAACCCCUUCGCCUCCCUCAAACCAGAACAGGCCUACUCAAACCCCAAUAAGCCUCCUGUCUACUGCAACUCCCACUACAUGAUGUUCCGGGGGCUGUCUGCUCCCCCAGAUGAGCUGGACAUAGGAGGGCUGGAUGGGGGCGAAGAGGAGCGAGAUUAGAUGGGGAGGCUUAGAGCAAGUGACCUCCUAACUGAAGGCAGCAGAGGCUUAUUCGUUUCCCCACAUCUGUUCAACUACUUGCUUGGAGCGGACUGAGAUGUCAGGAACGCAAGUGGCUGUUUUGUGUGCGUGCUCAUUCUCAAAUCUGGCCCCGUCCUUGCAGCUGAAGGGCAGAUUCCAAGGGUAGCAAACAGGGAAGGGCCGUAGCUCAGUGGGGAAGCACCUGCUUUGCAUGCAGGAGGUUGUAGAUUCAGUUGACAGUGUAGGAUUGGGGGAUAUCCCUGCCUGAAACCCCAGAGAGCUGCUCUGAGGCCGUGGAUGUUGGCUCUCCCGAACUGGAACUCCCAUCAACCCUAGAAACCAUGAAGCUACCAGCCAUGAUGUCUGUGCUCUGCCUCAGAGGUUGGACGCAGUAAUGCGUCUUGAGUACCAGUUGCUGGAAACCACAGGAGAGAGUGCUCUUGUGCUUGGGUCUCACUUGUGGGUUUCCCUCUAGGUAUCUGGCUACCCUCUACAAGACCAGGAUGCUGGACCAGAUGAGCCUUUGGCCUGAUCCAGCAGGCUCUACUCAUGGGUUCCAUGGUUGGAGGCUGAAAUGCUUUGGGAUACCAGUUGCUGGAAAUUGCAGGAAGAAAGUGUGCUGUUGCACUCAGAUCCUGCCUCCUAGCUUCCGUUCCACAGGCAUCUGGGGGUGGGGCACUGUAAGACCAGGAUGCUGGACUAGAUGGGACAUUGGUCUGAUCCAGCAGGCUCUUCUUAAGUUCUUAAGCAUGGCCAAUGUCCUGUGGACCUGCUGUUUUUCAAAAGCCAAGCCACGGACUCCCUACUUUUGAAAAUGUUGGUAUCUUUGUGGUAGUUUUUGUUAUGUGAAUGGUGCCACGGCACCCUCCAACACAUCCCAGUGCAAAACCAGACCGUGCUCCCACGCAAGUCACAUGACCUGUGCAAGGAUACAGCAUACAUUUUUGGGUGCCACAAUCUCAAGCAUUUUGGGGCACUGCGCUUGUUCACGAGAGCACAACCCUCCCAAAGCAGGAUGUCCUGAAAAAUUGACAGGUAUGUGCUACGGACCCCCUGGGUAGGUUAUGCAAACCAACAAUUGGAAGCCACUGGUUUGGACCAUACUGAGCAAGAUGAACCAAUGGCCAGCCAUGUAUCAGUUGAACUGACAGCUAGUCCCAUCCCAUAAGAAGUUGACACAGACAUGGGAUCAUGUCACUGGUAUCUCCAGCUCAGCAGCUCUCCAGGGUUUCAGGUAGGAGCUUUUACCAACUUCUGCAUGCCAAACAGAUGCACCACCUGAGCCAUGGCAUAGCUAGCCACCUUUUAGUCAAGCAGAAAUAAAUAAGAAGGGAGAGGACUGUUUGUGAACAUGGAGGGUGAGGAGAGGACCCCAGGAUGCACUGCCUUUUACUAAAAAUAAACCUGCACACUAUUCAAAUUUCCCAUCAAGUAUUCCUGCCACGGGGACGCGGGUGGCGCUGUGGGUAAAAGCCUCAGUGCCUAGGACUUGCCGAUCAAAAGGUCGGCGGUUCGAAUCCCCGCGGCGGGGUGCACUCCCGUUGUUCGGUCCCAGUGCCUGCCAACCUAGCAGUUCGAAAGCACCCCCGGGUGCAAGUAGAUAAAUAGGGACCACUUACUGGCGGGAAGGUAAACAGCGUUUCCGUGUGCUGCGCUGGCUCGCCAGAUGCAGCUUUGUCACGCUGGCCACGUGACCCGGAAGUGUCUCCGGACAGCGCUGGCCCCCGGCCUCUUAAGUGAGAUGGGCGCACAACCCUAGAGUCGGACACGACUGGCCCGUACGGGCAGGGGUACCUUUACCUUUAUUCCUGCCUUCUUACUUACAGCCAGCCCAGGUGGUGGAAGCCCUGGCUGUCAGCUUCUUCAUCCUCUUUAGGCUCAGUGUUAACCCUGGUAGAACUCGGCAGAGAGGAGGCGGAAUGGGGAUGAAACUAGAAUUAGUUGGCUCUGCCUGUCAAUGUCUCUGGUGCCACCUACUGUUGGCCUCCUGCCACCACUGAUUUUAUACGACACCCCUUUAGUGUAAGUCCAGAGGUUUUACAAAUGAUGCCUGGAAAUGUUUCCCAAACAGUGUGGGCAGACACCCAAAGCUGUAUGAAAGGUCGCUCAAGAGAGCCAGAGCAAGAGCAGUAAGGACCCAGGGGAUGGAAGUGUAAUAAAUAAAAUACACAUCAGGUACGAUUGCCAACAUCAUGUUGACCCCUGCUGAGCCAGUUGCACAAGCACAAGGAUGGUUUUCCCAUGAGAAACUGUUUUAUCACUCAAUUGUUUUUUAAAAAAUAAAGCAUAACAGAAUGGCUCCUACACAGAUCACAAAUUAUCUACAUAGGAUUUUCCCAUACACACCAAUUUCCCCCCCAUUUCCAGGGCCCAUGGAAUGCAGGGAGCCUCUCCGCUUAUACACUGGAUGAGAACAGGCCCCGAUCCAUGUUUGCCACCCGGGUUCUCAAAAGGCCCAGAAACACAAGGGUGUUCCAUACAUUCUCAGACACUUCCCCCCAAAAUCUGGGUGAGAGAUGGCUGAUGAGGCUGCAGUCCUAGUUCCCCAUAUUUCAGCACACAUAAAAAGUGUAAGCAUAGUUCAUAGAUGGCUAACUAAAAUACAUAUUGCUGGAUCAUCUCUCUGCGCCAUCUAUUCUUCCUGGGAGCUUGGAUAGAUCUUAGGGGUCAAAAUCCCACCCAAGCAACACUUCAAAACUUGUUUGACCUCGAUAGAUAAUGUGCAUCAAACACCAGUCCAUGUUCCUCAACUGGCAACCCUGAACCACACGGCAGGCUUUCUGAGGAUGUUUUUCUCGAGGUCUCAGUUUGGUCCCUCCAAAAAGGGUGAGGAUCCAGCAAUUUCUGUGCAUUUAGAGGCAAAAUGUAGCAGCUGGGAUGGCAGUCUGGGAAUCAAAGGGACCAACCACAAGAGAAGCUAGGAGCUGAUGCCUACACUCAAAAAGGGCAGCAGUUCCGUUCUGCGACAGAAAGCAGUGCAAAUUCCAGUAAGGAUGCUUGUACAUUGAGGUUCGGAGAGCACAUUAAGACUUGAGAGGCUGACAUCUGAGGAAUCUGUGGCACCGCCUUGAAGCCCCCUUCCAGAUGGGAGCUGCACUUCUGGUUUUCUGCAAGGCAAAGAAGUUGGACGCCGGUGAUGGCAGGAGAGUUGGCAGGCGAUGGCCUCCGAGUGUCAGUUGCUGGGGAGUCGACAAGAGGGGAGACGGCUGUUGUGCUUGGGUCCUGUUUGCAGGCUUCCCAAAUGCGUUUGGUUGGCCUCUGUGAGAACCAGAGGCAGGAAUAGAUGGGCCAUGGGCCGGAUCCAGCAAGGCGGUUCCUACACUCACAUUAAAUUUAUGGGCAGGACCUGAGGCAAAAGAAAGCAGGGCUCAUUCCUUUUUGGGGAGCCUUCCAAGAGCCACAUGGGCAACCUUUCCUGGAGGAUAAGGCUAUUCAUGGAGAAUAGGACCAUCAAUGGCCACUAGCCAAUAUGGACAUGUCCUACCUAUGCUGUCAGAGGCUUCUCACAGCCACAACAAAGACAGGAUGCUGGACCAGAUGGGCCUUUGGCCUGAUCCUGCAGGGCUCCAUUUAUGUGCAUGCCCUGGCUGCAGCUGACGGAUGCUUAGGGCACUGAUGCUUCCCACCUCCCAUGAGGAGGGGAUUCUGCAGACAUUUGCUGCGGUAGUGGGAAUGGUCCCUGUUCCAAAGGCACAGAGGAAGAGGUCUGGGGGCCACUGUGUGAGGGAGGCAGAAGGGCUGGAAAGGACUAGGACGCUGGCUCAGCAUCACAAAGACCCAGAAGAAUCUUACUAAUUUAAGACACGUAGGGAAACUGGAAACUGCCUUAGGGUAAGUCAGACCAUUGGUCCAUCUCGCCCAGUAUUGCCCACACUAAGUGGCAGCAGCUCUCCAGGGUUUCAGGAAGACUGUGCUCUCCCUCUGAGCAUUUGUCUCCCAUUGAUCCGUGCAGCUCAGUAUUGUCUAUGCUAAUCUUUGACAACCUGGUACCCUCCAGAUAUUUUGGACUGCAACUUCCAUCAGCCAGCAUUGCCGUACCAGUUGCUGGAAACCCAGCUGCUUGAUUCUGCUUGCAGAUUUCUCACAGGUAUCUUUCUGGCCGCUGUGAGAAUAGGAUGCUGGACUAGAUGGGCCACUUGCCUGGUCCAGCAGGCUCUCCUUAUGUUCUUAUGGGAACUGUAGUCCAAAACAACUGGAGGACCUUAGGAUAGGGAAAGCAGGUCUACACUGACUGGCAGCAGUUCUCUUGGGUCUUAAAAUAGGGGCUUUCCUAGCCCUACCUGGAGAUGCUGGUGAUUGAGCCCGUGCCCUUCUGCUCUUACCCCUUUAUGCCAGUGUAAACAGAUUUGAUUAAUUUGUUCUCCUUUUGCUAGCCUCAAGGCACUGGGUGAGAGCUCCAAAAGCAGCAAUCCUGACUACCUAGCAGUCCUGCUCAGUCCCGGCUUCAAAAAACAUUACCAGGUAUUGCCUAUACAGUAAUUUCAAGUUGCUCUCUGUAGCCACAGGGACUAGAAGCUUGUUUUAUAGCAGCCCCCAGAAUGGAGAUCCUUAGCAUGCACAAUGCUGAGCCUUGCUAUCAAAUUCUGCAUGAGGGUGGUGUGGAAAGUAUUGGCAGGUUUGCUCUCCAGCCUAGCUGGAUAUUGGCACAUUCUGAAUAAAAGAGGGGACAAAUAACAGGAAGUCCUAUUCAGAAAAGGCCUGUCUGUGUUACAAAGAACACUGUUAAUCAGUGUUAAGGCCCCUCCAGACAUCCUUUAUAUUGUGCAUUCACCAAUAUUUGUGCUCACAAUGGUAUCAGGGCAGUUAUGCGCAAUCCUGUUUUCAAUACUAUUUGCACUUACUAAAUAUUCAGGGCAGAAAUCCUGCAACUUUUUAUAUACCACUAAUGUUCCAGUAUUUUUCAGGGGUGGUGGUGGUUCUUGCUUUGUUGCACUAGAGAAUAGGAGCUGCCCGUCCAGGUGUCAUAAAAGUGAUAACCUUUGGGAAGCAUCACAGAGCAGCUAAAAAAGUGGAAUGAAGUGUGGACACCCCAGGAUAAAUCCACUAUGAACGCACUAUGAUUGUGUCAAUGACACACUGCAGAAAACUUCUGCAUAAAACAAACAAACCCUCAGUCUGGAAGGGUCCUUAUUCCACUGAUGAUUAUUAAGACUCUAGUUGUCCCAGCACACAGACCUCAAUGGCAGGGAUUGAACCUGGGACCUUCUGCUUGCAAAGCAGAUGCUCUGCCCCUGAGCUAUGACCCCUGUUACCACGGAAGUCCCCUUGCAUGACUGCUGAGCUGGUGGGAGACAAGCAGUCCAGGCCUGCCCACUCCACUGAGUCCCAAAGGAACUUAAGAUGGCGCAGUAAAUUUCACUCAACAUUGCUGUAAGCGAGGAGAAGCUCAGGAUGUGUGUGUCUGGACUGAGGUGUGUGAGUUAUCCUGCAAUACAGGAAUAUCACAAGUGCCCCACGUCAAACAAGGGAAAAGUCAGAGAAUCCCUGCCACGUUUGGAUGGACGCCAGCCAGAACAAGUCAGAAAGGUUUACUUUUCAGGAGAGCUGCCGAAAUCCGGGGAAGGGAGUGGCGGGCCACAAGUCGUAGGCUUUUCCUCAGUCCAGCAGGUGGGUGUUGCCCAAUUCAGGACAAGGAGAAACUCAGAAAGGUCAUUAAAAAAACCAAAAAAACCCACACAUAAAUAAUUUCUUUAAAAAAACCAGACGAAAGCAAGGUACAUGCCUUCCUGUGGAAAUGAAGUGUGUGGGGGGGGGCAAGUCUCUUUGACGAAGGAAGGCGUGGGGAAUCAGGAGCUAGGGUGAGCCUCGUGGGGCCAGGCGUCACUCUGCGUUGGCACGCUCCCUCAGGACCGGCAGAGAGAGCAUCUCUGGGGCAGAUUUCUUCCGCGGUCUGUCCUUGGGCACACUGAGGAAGUCUGGCGCGUCGCCGCUGAGGGGAGUGGAAGGGGCGCUCUGGGUGUUGGGGGGCAGGCGCAUUCCGCUGAGGGUGAAGGUGGGCUCCGCCAUGCCGACAAUCUCGUUGGUCGCCUCCUGGGUUUCCUUCUCGUACAGGCGCACCUCGUCCAUUGUCAUCCCUGUGGGAAGAAAAGGUGGAGGGAGGCUUUCUGAGAAGAGGUUGAGGUUGGGGGCGGGGCGGGCGCUUGCUGCCUCUCUUUGGGUUAGGCCCGAGCGGCUGCCUCUCCUCCCUCAGGGCACCACUCGCCUCUCUCUGGAGCCUUAACGGGGAGGAGAGCAAGGCAAGGGUCGAUUUUAGCUUCCCCUCCAUCCCCAGGUGCGAAAGCGUGGUAUAGUGGAUAGAGUGUCAGACAAGAACUUGGGAGAGCAAGGUUGCAAUGAAGAUCACUGGGGGACCUAGAGUAGGUCACCUGUCUCUCAGCCUACAACACAGGGUUGUUGUGAGGGGGAAAAUGGAGAGCGGGAGAACAAUAAAAGACCACCUUAAGUUCUUUGGAAUACUAGUGGGAUAGAAAUGGUAAUACUAAUCUGCCCUUCACCCUGAGGAGGACUUAUAACAAUUAUUAUUAUUCAUUCAUUCAGCCUUUAUUGGCAUAGCAUUAUUCUUAUUUGUAAUAAUGUACAAUUACUGUAUCACCACUGAGUACAGCUCACUAUUGUAUCACUGAUAACCCUUAAACAUAAAGUUGAAUAUUUGUUUUUGAAAGCCCAAAUCUAAAUCAAGUGUAAUUUAAAAUAAAAACAAUGAUUACAAUAAUAAAAUCACCACUGUCAUGAACAUGUCACACUCAAUUCUGGGCAGUGGAUCAAUUUU